ACCUCAAUCCCAUUCGUCUUCAAUCCCACAACUCUCCCAGCCUCUAAACAUCCACCGCUCUACCUCUAACAUUCCCUUUAACCUCAAAUUCACUAAGAAACUCAAAACCUUUACAAACUAUACACACACACGACCACCCAACAAAAGAAGCAACAAUGACGGACACAACGCCCUACCCCCUCACAAACCCCCCAACCGACCUAUCAGCAAUCUCCCAAAUCGACUCUUCAAUCCUCUUCCCCUCCUUCACAACAACAGACGCCUGGGUCCUCGGCAACCUCCUCCGCUCCCGCCUUUCCACCUACGCCUCUCCCUCUGUAAUCUCCAUAACCCUCGCAAACACCACCCCUCUAUUCUACACCGCUGUAUCUCCCGGCAUCACCCCUGACAAUACCUUUUGGGUCGCCAGAAAAUCUGCAACUGUGCUCCGUUUCGGUUGCAGCACUUGGUAUAUGCACAACAAAUUCCAGGGCGAUGAAAAGGCUUUUGCCGAGAAAUAUUCCUUGCAGGAGAGGGCAAAGGAGUAUGCUAUUCAUGGGGGUGGGUUCCCGGUUAGAGUCAAGGGGGUGGAGGGUGUGGUGGCGGUUAUUGUGGUUAGUGGAUUGAAGCAGCAGCAGGAUCAUCAGGUUAUUGUGCAGACUUGUAGGGAUUUCUUGGAUGGUGUUGGUGAGGGUGAGGAGAAGAGGAAGGAGGAUUAAAAGAGAGACUCUUCAAUGUCCUGGGGACCUUGUACCCAAAGCAUUUGCGAGAGUCGGUUUUCUCAUUGGCAUUGGAUAAUGCAUAUAUGGGAUGUUAAACAUGUGCUUCACCAUUCGGACAUGACAGCAUGAGAGCCUGGAAGAGGAUGAUGUAGAGCUCAAGAUGUCUGCAUUCUGCUACUUUGGAAUGCGCUGAAGGAUGCUCAGGGGAUAAAGAAAGGGAAGGAAGCAACAACAAUGCAGACUUAUAGC